CUCUGCCAUGUACAUUAGCCAGAUCAUGUUCAUCCUAUUCUUGUAUCUGAAACUAGAAAUAUGAAAUAUAACUCUGAGAUCCUAUUGUAAUUAUGCAAAGUGUGGGCCAUUAAUAGUGGUUUGGAAUCUUGAUGGCUCCCAUUAACCAGGACAAUUGACUCUAGAUGGCUCAGUUUACUUGUAAGUCUUCCUGUAUACCUUUGUGCUGGUAAGUGGGUAAUGAAGUCUUACAGUGACAUGUGCUCAUGUCAGCUGAACUGGAAUCCAUCUUUAACCUGAUUCUUUUCCAUUUAGAAGGAGGGGUGGGAACACAGAGAGGGACAAAGGAUUCCUGCCUUGUGCAAAAGACAUAUAAGGGGGUGGAACAGAACAAAGUGAGUUACAGUCAUGAGAAAUCCCCUAGUUAUCACAUAAGCUGGAACAAGGACUGUACCAGGGGAAAGGAUUGGGCCCAGACUAGGAAGGCAUCUAGUCUAUGUUACAAUCUUAUUGAAAUAUUUGUGAGGGUGAGAUUUUAUCUGUAUUCAGGUUUCAGAGUGGUAGCCAUGUUAGUCUGUGUCAUAAACAGAUAGUUAACGGUUAAUGCCUCUGUCAUAACAUUUCUUCCCAGAUCUGGACCUUAGCGUCCAAAAUAUGGGUGUUAGCAUGAAAACCUCCAAGCUUAGUUACCAGCUUGGACCUGGUAAUUGCUGCCACCAGCCAGGAAUUAUACAGUGCCUAGCUCACUGUGGUCUCCCCAAAACCUUCCCUGGGGGACCCCAAGACUCAGAUUCCUUGAGUCUCACAACAAAGGGGAAUAAACUAUUUCCCUUCCCCCUCCUCCCUUCCAGGUGUUCCCUCCCUGGGUUCCUGGAGAGAUAUACAGAAGCAGGCUCCGUGAAUCUAAACAAAGGGAUUCUACCCUCCCUGUUUCCAGUCCUGGAAACACAAGUACCGAGAGAGCUAAUCUCUCUUCCCCCUCCCCCAGAGGAUAUGCAAAGUCAGGCUUAGUAAAUCUAACACAAAGAGAUUUUCCCCCUGACUUCUUCCUCCCACCAAUUCCCUGGUGAGCUGCAGAUUCAGUUCCCUGGAGUCCCCACUAAAGAAAAACUCCAACAGGUCUUAAAAAGAAAGCUUUAUAUAAAAAGAAUGAAAAAAAGGACAUAAAAGGAUCUCUGUAAUAAGGUGACAAUAUACAGGGUCAAUUGCUUAAAGAAAAAAAUGAAUAAACAGCCUUAUCCAAAAAGAAUACAAUUUAACACAUUCCAGCAACUACACACAUGUAAAUACAAAAGAAAACAAUAUAAACCUAUUGUUUUACUAUCCUUUUACUUACAACUUGGAAACAGAAGAUUAGAAAGCCUGGAUAUUCCUGUGGUCACUCUCAGAGCUGAGAGGGCACAGACCCAAAACAAAGAACAAAGAACUCACACCCAAACUUCCCUCCACCCAGAUUUGAAAAAGUCUUGUUUCCUGAUUGGUCCUCUGGUCAGGUGUUUGGUUCCCUGUGUUAACCCUUUACAGGUAAAAGAACAUUAACCCUUAGCUAUCUGUUUAUGACAGCCUCUUUUACCUGUAAAGGGUUAAGAAGUUCACCUAGCCUAGCUGACACCUGACCAGAGGAACCAAUGGGGGAACAAGAUGUUUCAAAAGGAAGGAGGGAAGUUUCCUUUGUUUAUAGAGUCAGUUUCAGUUUUGGCCAGAGUGGAAAAGAUCAAGGAAUCAGUCUCUUAUCAGAGUAGUGAGUAUUAAGGAAGGAAAUUGAGGCAAACAGGUUAAGUUUUCUAACAGGGCUCUGUUAGAAACGGCUUCCAGCUGUGAUAGUUGGAGGGUGAUUAACACUGCCAGACAAGUUGCAGAAUGGGUUUUACUUGUUCCUUCUUACUGAAGUUCAAGAUUCACAAAGGAAUUACAAGCUGGUUUUUGUUUAUUUUUUUUUUACCUCUCAAACAAAGAUAGCUAAGGUAGACCAGGGAGAAAAUGUCAGGCAAAGGAAAAAAAAACUAUGCAACAGGACCUAGAAUUAGCCAAAUUCCCAGGCUGAGGAGAACCAAAAGAAACAUGACGGACAGAUAGCCAGGGCUGAGGCUGCCCACAAAAGAGCUGUGGAGGAGAGGAGAAAAAAAGAAAAAGCCAAAGAGGAUGCCCAUAAAAAAGCUAUGGAGCAGAAAGAAAAAGAGAUGAAUCAUGAACUGCAGUUAGCAAGGGCUAGGCAAAAUAUACCAGCCAACCCCUCUACAGGUACCGCUCCUCAUCCCAGAAAAUUCCCUAGCUACAAGGCAGGCGAUGAUACGGAAGCCUUCUUAGAAAAUUUCGAAGGGGCCUGCCUUGGGUACAACAUCUCUGCAGACUAGUACAUGGUAAAGCUGAGGCCGCAGCUCAGUGGACCCUUAGCAGAGCUGGUGGCUGAAAUGCCUAAGGAACGCAUGAACAGUUAUGAACUUUUUAAAAACAAGGCCAGAAUCAGAAUGGGGCUAACACCCAAGCAUGCCUGUCAGCGGUUCAGAGCCCUAAGGUGGAAACCAGAUGUCUCAUUUACCUGACAUGCCUACCACAUUGGGAAAAAUUGGGAUGCCUGGAUAUCAGGAACAAGUGUUAAAUCUCCAGGAGAGUUGCCCUUCCUAAUGCAAAUGGAGCAGUUUUAGAGGGUGUUACUGAGGAAACAGGAAGGUACAUCCUAGAUGGGAAAGUCAAAACUGUAACGGUGGCGGGGGAGAUUGGGGCCAAAUGAGUGGAGGUGGCAGAAAAGAAAAAAAACUAGUAGCAGUUGGAGUGAAUAUCAGAAGGGACAACCAGAAACAAAACCCUACCCUGGGGGGCAACCCAAGGACCCCCUACAUCCCAAGGAAAACCCCAGACGCCUUCUCACCCCACCACACCAGUCUCCACCAACCAACCUCGCCCCGGUGAUACCUUAGCAGGGUGAUGUUUUAAAUGUAAUGAACAGGGACAUAUAAAGGCCCACUGCCCCAAGAACCCCAACCAAUUACAGUUCAUUACACCAAAGUCACACCAAAGAUCCCCAGGCCCAGAUGCCUCUCAAAUACCCCCGGAGCGAAGGAAAACCUUGAGAGUGGGCGGAAAGAAGGUUAUCGUGUGGAGGGACACUGGGGCACAAGUGUUGACUAUCCCCCAAUCCCUAGUGGACCCCAAACUCAUCAACCCAGAGGCUCCGGUGACAGUUCAACCCUUCAUGUCACAAUCUGUAACCUUGCCUACAGCCAAGUUGCCUGUCGAGUACAAGGGCUGGUCUGGAAUGUGGACUUUUGCAAUCUCUGACAAUUAUCCCAUCCCCAUGCUACUGGGGGAAGACUUGGCCAGCCAUGUGAAGCUAGCCAAGAGGGUGGGAAUGGUUACUUGCAGCCAGGCUAAGCAAGCUUUCACACCUAUCCCUAUUCCUGAGCCUUCCACCAGGGCCCCGUCUGUGUUUAACUAGAGACCCAGACAGAGGUGGUGGAACUGGAUCUUCUACCCAUGAAUGCUACAGCCAUGGUGAAUCCAGUCCCAGAACCGGAACUGGCGAAGCAAUCAGCACCAGAACCAUUGCCAGCACUGAGUACAGCGCUUACAACCCCAUCUACAAUUCCAACGUCAGAAGGCAACAGCGAGCCUGAACUGGAAAAAGCAGCUGAUAAUCCUACCCAAGAGGCUCAGCCAGAGCCUGAAAUACCACGUAGUGCACCAGUGGAGAGCUGUUCACAAUCAACAGAAACAACCCCAUCAUCUACAUUGCUUCCAGAGGGACCAAGCCCAAGUCCACAGGCCAGGGAGGAACUAAUCUCUCCAGCCUCAAGGGAACAAUUCCAGGCCGAGCAGGAAGCAGAUGACAGCCUUCAGAAAGCUGGGGUGGUGGCACGGAGCACCCCACCGCCUCUCAGGUCUUCUAACUGAUCCCGGUUUGUUGUAGGACAAGGACUUUUAUACAAGGAGACUCUUUCUGAUAGACACCAGGAAGACUGGCAUCCUCAAAGAUAGUUGGUAGUUCCAGCGAAGUACUGGGUAAAGCUCUUGAUCUUAGCCCAUGAUCAUCCCAGUGGCCGUUCUGGGGUGAACAGAACCAAAGACCGUUUGGGGAAGUCCUUCCACUGGGAGAGAAUGGGCAAGGAUGUUGCUAAUUAUGUCUGGUCUUGUGAGGUGUGCCAACAAGUGGGAAAACCCCAAGACCAGGUCAAAGCCCCUCUCCAGCCACUCCCCAUAAUAGAGGUUCCCUUUCAGCGAGUAGCUGUGGAUAUUCUGGGUCCUUUUCCAAAACAGACACCCAGGGGAAAACAAUGCAUACUAACUUUCAUGGAUUUUGCCACCUGUAGCCAGAAGCGGUACCCUUAAACAACACCAGGGCUAAAAGUGUGUGCCAGGCAUUAGCAGACAUUUUUGCCAGGGUAGGUUGGCCCUCCGACAUCCUUACCAAUUCGGGAACUAAUUUCCUGGCAGGGACGAAAAAAAACCUCUGGGAGAUAGCAUACAAGCUGAUCUUGCAAAUGACAAAUUCAAAACACAGGAUGUUCCCCUGAGCAAAAACGUUAGUACACACAAGAAUACCAAAUUUGAUUAUCCCCCUAAUGCCAAGAUAAGUUACAAAAAGAAAAAAAAACAUAAACCUAUUUAUUUCCUUCCUUAAUACUCACUACUCUGAUAAGAGACUGAUUCCUUGAUCUUUUCCGCUCCGGCCAAAACUGAAACUGACUCUAUAAACAAAGGAAACUUCCCUCCUUCCUUUUGAAACAUCUUGUUCCCCCAUUGGUUCCUCUGGUCAGGUGUCAGCUAGGCUAGGUGAACUUCUUAACUCUUUACAGGUAAAAGAGGCAUUAACCCUUAACUAUCUGUUUAUGACAGUCUGUGUCAGCAAAAACAACACAAAGUCAUUGUGGCACCUUAGAGACUAACAAAUUUAUUUGGGCAUAAGCUUUUGUGGACUAGAGCCCACUUCAUCAGAUGCAUGAAGUGAAAAAUAUAGGAGCAGAUAUAAAUACAUGAAAGGAUGGGGGUUGCUUUACCAAGUGUGAGGUCAAUCUAAUGAGAUAAAUCAAUUAACAGCAGGAUACCAAGGGAGGAAAAGUAACUUUUGAAGUGGUAAGAGAGUGGCCCAUUACAGACAGUUAUCAAGAAGGUGUAAUGGUAGGGAGAAAUUAGUAAUGGGGAAAUUAAGUUUAAGUUUUGUAAUGACCCAACCACUCCCAGUCUUUAUUCAGGCCUAAUCUGAUGGUAUCCAGUUUGCAGAUUAAUUCCAGUUCUGCAGUUUCACGUUGGAAUCUGUUUUUAAAGUUUUUGUUGUUGAAGAAUUGCCACUUUUAGGUCUGUUACAAGUAGGGUGACCAGACAUCCCGAUAUUAUUGGGACAGUCCCGAUUUUAGGGGAUUUGUCCUGCGUCCCGACCUUACCUUGGUCGGGACACACUUUGUCCCGAUAGUGGGGGGACUGCGGCAGGCUGGCGCUGUUGGCGCCACUCACCUCUCCUCCUGGGGGGCCUUGAGACAGUGCAGCUGAGCUUCUGGCACGGCAGCACCAGCCCGCUGGCCAGCAGGAGUCUGCAGAGUGUAACCCUGCCCCAGGCACACAGAGGGGGCAGGAGGUGUCUGCUCCGCUGCAUGCUACAGCAGGGAGGGUCUUGUAGACGUGGGCAGCAGGCGCCAGUGGGAAAAAGCCUCCUCACCCCCGCUUCAACCCGACCCACGCGACCCUAGGAGCCAGAGGGACCUGUGCUUCCUGUGAGUCGCUCCAGAUUUGGGUUUAUCUUUAUAUUAAGGAGCGUGUCACACUGAGUCCAACUCAAUCUGCAGUGAGCACAACUCCUGAAUUGUUUUCCGGUAUAACGCAAAUUUACUGUAGUUUACAGUUCUGAACCACAGUGCAUGCCAUAGGACAAACUACAGUGGGCACGUAAUAGCAUGUAAGAAGCACAGAGACUGCACAAUUGUUUUCAGCGGCUAGCUAUCUAGCUAACAGUCUUCAACUGAAAACCCCACCUGAAAUGUAAUGGCAAGGGAGGAAUCAACUACCAAAAAACAAAAAAGACAGUGCAGCUACAGAACAGAAUGGGAAGACACUUACAGCUGGAUUCGGAAAUCCUAUGAGUGUGAUUCAAAAGCUUUUUGUAAAGCAUGCAGGAAGGAAUUUACUAUUUGCAAUGGCAGUGAGUCUGAUGUUAAGCAUCAUGCUGAAUCAAAAAAUCAUGGACAAAACACCCAGACUCACAAGAGCAAUACCCUGGUCUCACAUUUUUUCAGCAAGCCAGAUGAAUCCUUCAGUAACAAGGUUAUCGCUACUGAGCUAACUCAAAUUUACCGCACAGUAGUCCAUCAACACUCCUAUCGCUCAUGUGACUGUAAACUUAAGCUGGCACCUACCUUGUAUCCAGAUUCAACAAUUGCAAAGCACAUCAGCUGUGGCUGGACUAAAGCAGAGGCAUUGAUCAAAAAUGUGCUGUCACCACUCUCAACAGAAUUUUUAAAAGACCUCAGCAAGCCAGAUGGUCCCUAUUUCUCAGUUGCCACAGAUGCAUCUAACAAGGGCAAUGUGAAAACUUUCCCCUUAUCACUGAGAUACUGGACACCUGAACAUAGGGUCCGAGGUAAACUGUUAGACUUCUAUGAGCAAAGGGAAGAGACCGCAGAGGCAAUAAGCAACACAUUGCUUGAAAAACUUGCAACACACAAGCUAGACCUAAACAAAGUGUCUUCCUACUGUGCUGAUAAUGCAAACGUGAAUUAUGGAAAGCGACAAUUAGUAUACCAGAAUUUAAAAAAACAAAAUAAAAAUAUCUUGCCAGCAAACUGCCCGGCCCAUGUUGUGCACAACACCGUCAAACAUGGUAGCAAUACACUACAAAUUGACAUUGAGACUCUGGUGAUUAAGAUGUUCAAUCAUUUCAGCAGUUCUGCUAAGAGAGUAGAGGCACUGAAGGAUAUGUUUGACUUUGUGGAUAUGGAGUAUACCACUUUACUGUGCCAUGUUCCGACUCGCUGGUUGAGUCUUUUCCCAGCUGUAAACAGGCUUGUAAAUAUGUGGCAGGCUGUUAAGUUCUACUUUGUUUCUCUGGGCAGUGAGAAGUGUCCAACAUUUCUAUGGAUGCUGUUCUCGGACAGGGAAAACGGUGAACAAGGUGAGGGGCCUAGCAAAGUUGAGGUUCAUCUGUUUUUCCUCCAGAAUGUCCUGAAAAUCUUCAAUGAUACUGUGCUCUGUUUGGAAAAUGAGAGUAUGACAGCAUGUGAAGUGUAUGCCAUAAUGAAUACUCUGAGAAUUAAACUUCAACAAUGGAAAAAUGACCUAUUCUUUGGCGCCAAAGUUGAAAGUGCGUUAACUGAGAUGCUGCCUCUCACUGCUGCAUGUCUCCAGAAAGACUUCAUGAAAUUUUACGCUGUGUCGAUCCUAUAUUUGGAGAAAUGGUUUGAUUUUUCAACAGCUGGAUACUUGUUCAAUAUCCAGUGCCUGAACAUCAAAGUAAAUAGGGUAUUCAAAUUCAGGGAUCUGUCUGAAGCUGUGACAGCUGUAAACCUUCAGAAAACAGUGGCUCUUGAUCAGCUCUAUGAUGAGUACUGUAUCAUCAAAGACAUCAACUCCAAGUUGGAGCCUGGAAACUGUUCAGUUGAGAAACUCUGGUCUCAAGUGCUGAGAAACAAGGACAGUAGCACUGAAUUACUGAACAUGGCAAAGCUGGUGUCAUAUGUGCUCAGUAUACCCGUAAGCAAUGCAUACUCAGAACGUGUAUUUUCAGUCAUGAAAGGUGCAUGGACUGAUGUCUGGAAUCGAAGCAGCAUAGACUUGGUGUGGAGUGAAACCCUUCUCAAAAUGAAUUUCCGGAUGAGUUGCAAGGACUUUUACAGUUUUGUGAUUGCCCAGAAGCAAGUUAUGGCUAUGGCAAAGUCAGCCAAAAAGUACUAGAGUUCUGGCAUACCUGAGAGAUAUGCAAAUUGGGAAGUUGAUUUAUUGACUGAAUAAAAAACCCAGCCCUUUACCUCUGUUGUUUGUUUAGUGUACAAAUAAAUGUGUAUGUAUAUUAAAUAUGUA